CCUCGCAGCGGGCAGCCCCGGCCCCCCCUGGGCGCACGGCCGCCCCCGCGGAGGAGUCCGUGGUGCUGACCCUUGACUCGCCGACCGAAGUCCCCGCUCCUGCGGGCGGCCCCCCAGCCGCGCUUCGCGGAGGGCCGGGUGCCUCCGGGGCCGGGAGCGCGCAGGGCUGGGGUGGGGAUGGGCCAGCUCGCUUCCUUCACCCCUGCCCGACAGCCGGCUUCGGGCUUCUGGGAAGUGCCCGCGGGUGUUUUUCCGUGCAGUGUUUACUGAGCGCCUCCGUGUGCCAGGCGCCCCAAGAAUUCAGAGAGCGGAGACGCCUUCUAUCAGCCAGUACAACCCGGUCAGCUCUGCUGCGAGGCUCUGCACGACUAAGGCACGACUGCCUUACGCAGGAGCUGUGUUGCCAUCGCUCAUUUUACAGAUGGGGAAACUGAGGCACAGAGGGGCAGCGUGCUGAGAGUCACUCGGCAGGUGUAGGAUUUGAGCCUAGGCACCACAGACCACUAACCACUGGACACACCACAAGAGCCCAUGGGGAACCAGACGGUGGGGAAAAACACUGAGGAAUAAAGUAUUUCAGGUGAGGACAGAGGGAUGGCCAACAACUCUGAGCUGAGCACUGUGAACAAAGCCAGGAGACUGUGUCAAAGAGGCUGAGAGCUGGUCCUUUCUGCUACCACCCUUGGGGCAGAAUGACAUCCAAUCAUACCCCAGCUCCUUCGCACACACAGGGCGGUCCUAGGAGGGCUGGUGUCAUGACCGACGUCCACCGGCGGUUCCUGCAGUUGCUGAUGACUCACGGCGUGCUGGAGGAGUGGGACGUUCGGCGGCUGCAGAAGCACUGCUAUCGGGUCCAUGACCGCACGGCUGCCGUGGAGGAGCUGGAGGACUUUAUCAACAACAUUAACAGUGUCCUGGAGUCCCUGUAUAUCGAGAUCAAGAAGGGAGCCACCGAAGACGACGGGAGACCGGUUUACGCACUGGUGAAUCUGGCAACGACUUCUGUUUCCAAAAUGGCCUCAGACUUUGCAGAGAAUGAGCUGGAUCUGUUCAGAAAGGCCUUGGAACUGAUUAUUGACUCGGAAACUGGCUUUGCGUCUUCCACGAAUAUUUUGAACCUGGUUGACCAACUUAAAGGCAAGAAGAUGAGGAAGAAGGAGGCGGAGCAGGUGCUGCAGAAGUUUGUACAGAACAAAUGGCUGAUCGAGAAGGAAGGAGAGUUCACGCUGCACAGCCGGGCCAUCCUGGAGAUGGAGCAGUACAUCCGCGAGACGUACCCUGACGCCGUGAAGAUCUGCAACAUCUGCCACAGCCUCCUCAUCCAGGGUCAAAGCUGCGAGACGUGUGGGAUCCGAAUGCACUUACCUUGUGUGGCGAAGUAUUUCCAGUCCAAUUCCGAGCCGCGCUGCCCCCACUGUAAUGACUACUGGCCCCACGAGAUACCAGAAGUCUUCGACCCUGAGAAGGAGCGGGAGGCUGCUACAUCCAGGGCCACCAAGAGGUCCCUCCGGUCCCGGCAACACUAGCUGGUGCGCUGUGGGGGGCUGUAGAAGAGCUGGUUUGGGAGAGAAGCGGCGUGUCCAACCCACCUGCUUUGUGUUCACGUGUGAGCAGGUUUGGAAUAAAGUCACUAAGGGGUCCUC